UUUAAAUGUUUUAUCUGUCAAGCGUACAUCGAGAUAACAUAUUUUAAGGAAACACAUGGCUGUCUUCCUUUCAUUUAAUCUCUAUGAGCACGCUAAGGCUAGUUAUAUUAACUAGUUUUGUAGGUCAAGAGGGGGCUAGCGGUAAAAAUAAAUAAAUAAAUAAAUAAAAUAAAAUUUAAAAAGCGUUUUAAUUAUUUCUUUGGAAGGGUGGUUAUAUGAAAUACGCCGAGUAGCAUUUAUGUCACGCGAUUAAUGUAGAUAAUAACUAAAAUAUCAAUAACCACUCGAUGGUACACUGUCCAAGUUUCAUGAUGGAAAUGUGUCAGAGUCCCGCUGCUAAAAUUAGCUGAGAUGUAUUAAGACGAAUGUACAGCAAGCUAGUAAACUGCUCUAUUUACAGAUACACAUCGUAAUGUGAAAAGUGUUUGAUGAUUGAUUAGAUGUCCAGCACUGCUUUUUAAAAAGUUAACAUUAUGGUGCCCCUGCAAGGCAAGUUUUGGGGAGGCACAGUGGGGGCAUUACCAAAAUGGCCUAUUUCUCAGCCUUUUACAAAAAAUAACCUGUGCCCUGUGUGCAGUAAUUGCUUCCAGACUUCCAUCCUGCUGCUUGGUCACACCAUAACUUAAUCCAUAAAGGUAACUAAACUAAAUUAGUUGAUUUUGUUGCUCAACUGACAGCCACAACAUAAUUUAUUCUAGGAAGGAGAACCUACCAAGCGCCAAUAUGUCAAGCAAAAGAGCCAAGGGGAAGAACACCAAGAAACGUCCUCAACGUGCCACUUCCAAUGUGUUUGCUAUGUUUGAUCAGUCUCAAAUCCAAGAGUUCAAGGAGGCUUUCAAUAUGAUCGACCAAAACAGAGAUGGCUUUAUUGACAAAGAAGACCUUCACGACAUGCUUGCCUCAUUAGGUAAAAACCCCACAGAUGAGUACUUGGAGGCCAUGAUGAAUGAAGCACCAGGCCCAAUCAACUUCACGAUGUUCCUGACCAUGUUUGGGGAGAAGCUGAACGGCACGGAUCCAGAGGAUGUGAUCCGUAAUGCUUUUGCUUGCUUUGACGAAGAGGGCACAGGUGUGAUUCAGGAGGAGUACCUGCGGGAGCUGCUCACUACAAUGGGUGACAGGUUUACAGAUGAAGAGGUUGACGAGCUUUUUCGUGAAGCGCCCAUUGACAAGAAAGGCAACUUUAACUAUGUAGCAUUCACGCGCAUCUUAAAACAUGGUGCAAAAGACAAGGACGACUAAAGGUGGAGGUGGUACCAUAUGCCAUUCAUUCUGCACUCCACGUGUAUCCUUUAACAGGUUUCCAUUCAGUUUAGAUGGGCUUCAUGCCGUAGUUGGCUCAUGAAAAAUUCCAGUUAAAUAACCUGACGAAGGUCAUUUGUUUAAGCUGCUUGUUGGACCUUUUGGUUUUCCACCAGUCCUACUUUUAAAGCUCAUUUACACAUGUGUGACGACACCACUACAUGGUUCUUGAAAGUAAGUGUGUAAAGACCCUCAUGGAUAAUGCUGGAAAUAAACUGACAUAAAAUGUCUUAUUGUGACUGAAUCAGUUGCAGAAAAUGUAAAGUUUUAAGAUUAAAUUGUGUUCUGGGAU